GGAGCUUCGUAGCUAGCCGGACGGAAGGGAGAGUACACGGAAGAGGUGGGAGGAAAAGCGAAGUGUUGUUCCGCGGGGAGAACGUGUGGCUUCCGGUCGGUUUCUUCGUUCGUCGUCGCGAUGUUCUCCCGAGUCUCGGCUCUCGGGCCUAGCCGCCCCCUCCUCCUUCGGGUUCCCUGCAUCUCCUGUAGCUCUGAAGCGGCUGUGGAGACUCGGGGACUGCGGCCUCAGCCCGGCCUGGCCAGGACAGAAUACAAAAUCCAAAGGUGUUUUGGCACAAACAGUGUGAUCUACUGCAAAAAAAAUAAGUCUUCUGUUCCUGUUUCAAAGACUGCUGAUAAUGUUCAAAAGAGCCAGAAUGUUGCAAAGAACAACUUGUUGAAUAUUCUAAAGGAUAUGAAAUUUGAAUUAAGUACAUCAGACAAAUUACAGGAUGCAAAAACUCAUACAACCAAGAUACAAAGGAAGGAGGAAGUUAAAAACUUGCAGAGGACAAAGCAUGUGAGUCAGAAAGCUGUGGAAGAUUCUUCACCUGGGAGUCACCAGUCACUGAGUCCUGAAUUAGUGGCUGCAGCAACUGCUGUUGCUGAUUCUCUUCCUUUUGACAAGUCAGUCAAAUCAGAGUUGCUUAGUCAGUUGAGGAAGCAUGAAGAAGACUUCAGAACACACCAAGGAAAAGAAACAAGUAAAAUAAGUGACAUAAUUUCAGAUAUGAAAAUUGCCAAGUCAUCUACAUCUCGGAUUUAUGCCAGGCCAGACCAUCAGAUUCAGUUUGAUGAAGGACAUGGAUUUUUGCCUCUGGAGUUGUCAAAUCUUAAUUCUAGGAAAAGGAAUGGAUUAUUCGAGGGGAAGAGACUUAAUAUUUUCCCUGUGGUUGAAACAGCUCCUAAAGAGGCAUCUGAAACAGAGACAUCACCAACACUUUGGGAUGUGGAAUUUGCUAAACAAUUAGCCAAAGUAAAUCAACAACUUCCCCAGAAUGCUUUUGAAGAGAUGAUCCAGUGGACAAAAGAGGGAAAACUAUGGACGUUCCCAAUUAACAAUGAAGCUGGUGUUGAUGAUGGUGCUGAUUUUCAUGAACAUAUAUUUUUGGAUAAAUACCUGGAAGAUUUUCCAAAGCAAGGACCAAUUCGUCAUUUCAUGGAACUAGUUACUUGUGGACUCUCAAAAAAUCCAUUUCUAACUGUUAAAGAAAAAGUUGAGCAUAUAGACUGGUUUCGGAAUUAUUUCCGUGAAAAAAAGAAUAUUCUUGAAGAAAAUAACAUUCAAUUUAACUGAAAACAUGGAAAUUUUUAUUCUUUUGGAGAUGGACACCAUCACAGAAUAUAUAGAAAUUUAAUUUUCCUAUAUUAAUGUGCCGAAUAAUUAUUGUAAUUGAUUUGCAUUACAAAAAUAUUGAAUUAAGAGAUUAGCCAUGAUGGCUGAAAAUAUUCUUGGUUUUAAAGUUUCAUUAUAUUCCAUAGAUAAUAAAAAUUAUGACAUGAGAAUUGUAAUUUCAGACAAACCCAUCCAAUCAUUUUCUCUUCAUGAAGUAGCCAUAACUGUGUUUUUCAAAUUAUUGUGGCUACUGUAUUUUAUAGAUUAAUUGAUUGCUAUUUAUAUAUUAAUGGCUAUUACACCCAUUUUGGC